UACUGUUGUUUGCAUUCUUCGUGAGAAGAAUGUGAGAAGCAAAAGUAUUAUAAACCCUGUCCAGGUGGUCAUAUUUGUGCUUUUCUUUACAAAGUUUCAACCUUGUUAAAAUGACAAAAGGUGGUAAGAAAUACUCAUCAAUGGAAAAGGAUGGCAAAUGGUUGGCUCAUGCAGGUUUACCAGCAAAUGACACCAGUAAACGGGAGACGUGCACCAGCACAGGGUAUAUGAUGUCUCAGAGUGAACCACUACCUCCAGCAUCCAGCACAGAGAAGUAUCCCAAGAUCUUCAUCAACACAGAACAGAAAACCAUGGGAAGAGUCUAUCCAUUCUCAGCCCAUGAUAACCAAGCUGCACUGCAAGAUACCAUCACUGUAUUUGAUGAUGGAUUAGGCCGCAAGAAGUGCCUGGACGAGCGUAGACAACAUAACUCACACUUCUGCCUGUGCCACCAUGGAAGUGUGAGUGGCGUGGGGGAGACGAGGGGAGACUUCUCAGCCUAUCAGACAGACUACCAGGACCACCAGGACACAGAGGGCUCCUCCACCAGCAGGCGUUUUCCCAUUAACCAUCUUGAUAGGUCCACUGUGGCAGCUGUUGCCCAGGCAGGAGAGCACUUUAUGUGGUUCGGGAGGCAUGAUGAGGACCGUCCUGUGCCCCUUGAAGUGCUGGCAGCUACCAACUGCUCCUCCUCAUCCAAGCCGUCCAGACACUCCUACCAUAUCAGGCAUUAGAUGAAUACACCAUAUUACCCAAAUACUCUUCUUUAGGAAAUCACAAAGCAACACAUCUUGAUAGUUCUCCAAGUGCAUAUAAAAAAAAUAUGAAACAUUG